AAACACUUCCUCAGGUGUUCUUCCUCUUCCUCUGUCUAUUUUCUUCUCUUUCUUCCUUUUCAAAACUGCAACUCUCCCUUUUUGCUGAGUUUUUUUUUUUUGUCCCAAUAACUAAGAAAAAAUGGAGAAGUUGAGAUGUUGUGGCAACUUCCUUGAGAACUCCAAACCUUAUUUUGCGAUGAUUUCAUUGCAAUUCGGGUAUGCCGGUAUGAAUAUUAUCACCAAAGUUUCACUUAACAGAGGCAUGAGCCACUACGUCCUUGUUGUCUAUCGCCAUGCUUUUGCCACUGCAGUCAUAGCUCCCUUUGCUUUGAUUUUCGAAAGGAGAGGACAACCAAAGAUAACAUUCCCAAUUUUCAUGCAAAUAUUUAUCCUAGCUCUUCUUGGGCCUGUGAUUGAUCAGAACUUCUACUAUGCUGGGUUGAAAUAUACAUCUCCAACUUUCUCAUGUGCUAUGAGCAAUAUGCUGCCUGCAAUGACAUUUGUCAUGGCUGUUAUGUGCAGGAUGGAGAAGAUUGAUGUAAAGAAAGUGAGAUGCCAAGCAAAGAUAGUGGGAACAACAGUGACUGUGGCAGGGGCAAUGUUGAUGACAUUGUAUAAAGGACCCCUUGUUGAAUUAUUUUGGAGUAAGAAUAUCCAUCCUAGGCAAUCAUAUGUCACUGACACUACUGGAACUACUGACAAAGAUUGGAUCAAAGGCUGCAUCCUCCUCAUCAUUGCCACGCUUGCUUGGGCUUCGCUCUUUGUCUUACAGGCAAAAGCGUUGAAGACGUACAAGAAUCAUCAACUUUCUCUAACAUCAUUGAUGUGCUUUGUGGGCACUCUUCAAGCUAUUGUUGUGACAUUUGUGAUGGAGCGCAAGGCCUCAGUUUGGCAAAUUGGUUGGGACAUGAACCUCCUUGCUGCAGCCUAUGCUGGAAUUGUGACAUCAAGCAUAUCAUACUAUGUUCAAGGACUGGUGAUAAAGAAAAGAGGUCCAGUAUUUGCCACUGCUUUUAGCCCUUUGAUGAUGAUCAUAGUUGCAAUCAUGGGCUCUUUCAUCCUAGCAGAAAAGAUUUUUCUUGGAGGGGUGAUAGGUGCCAUUUUGAUAGUAAUAGGGCUUUAUUCAGUGCUAUGGGGAAAGCACAAGGAAAACAAAGAGAAAGAGAUUAAGGAGGAGAUCCCAGAACCAAUUAAAGAUAUCCUAGCAAACCAUGGCAACACCAUCUUGGUGAUUGGAGAUAUUGAAGCAAAUCAAGUUGAACUGCAAAAAUCAGAAGCCAAUAACAAGCUUUCAGCAGUUGCCAUAACCAUGCCAAUGCCAGAAUCCCCCUUCAAAGCCAACCAAGACCAAAAAUAAUUCAAGUUUAAUUUUCAAUUGGGAAAUUUUGUUUCUAUCAUUUUUAAAAUAUGCAAGAUAGAUAUUAUGUCAUAUAUGGGGCCCUUUUUUUCUCUGAUUAUUAUAAAAGUAAUGUUGUAAGCUAAUGCUUUUGUAAGGAGCCUGUUCUGAAUGAAAAUAUGAGAGAAUCCCAGAAUCUCUUUUUCUUUUAUGUGAUCAGAAUUUGUUUGUGUCUUAAAUAAAAAGGAAACUUUUUGGUUGGG